AUGAAGCAAUCAUGUGUUCUGCUCUUUGUGACGGCCGCACUCGCCCGGAAGCUCGCGCAUCUUGACGGGGAGGCCGCCCUUGGAGCAAAACAAGCUCUUCACGAGCAGUCUGCAGUGCAGAAUUCCGAGAUAAUGAAGUCAACGCAGCUGAUGGAGGCAUCUCAGCAAUCCGACAGGAACGCUGUGAAGCAACUGCUUCGAGAGGAAGCAUCCAUCACAACCAAUGCCAUGAAGCAACUGCUCAAGGAGGUUCAAGCAGGCUUCCAGAGCAAGGAGGCGCAUCUGGAGCGCGAGCUCCAAGAGGAGAGAGUGGCGCGUGCCAAGGAGGAGAAGGAUCUCCUUGCUGAGCUUCAGGAGGAGAGGGCGGCACGAGCCAAGCAGCAAGCGGAUCAGCAGGAGACACAAAACAACGUGAAGGAACUCACACAGCUGCUCAAGAAGGCCACUGACGACAUGAAGGAAGCGAAGGCUGUUCACUUACACGAGAGCGAGCAGCCCCACUCCUUGGCCGAGGAGCUGAUUCGCGAGAUCAAAGAAGAGAAGGCCAAGGACGCUCAAGAGAAGAAGGCGGUCAUGGCUGAGAUCAAGCAGAUAAAGACAGUGCAGGCCACCGAGAGAAGCGACAAGCAGGUGGAGGAGAGACAGCUGGAACACAUCACCCAGCUGCUGGGGACGCUGGGAUCCUCGCGUUCGGAGAACUCCGUCACGCAGCCAAAGGAGUACUGCGCAGGUUGCGAGGCCAUGGACGCAACAGGAGCCGCAGGAGCAUGUAAGACCUGCAGCGGGGGGUUUACCCGACUUACCGCGGGAACCUGUGUCGCCUGCAUGGACUUUCCGCACUGGGUGGACAACACCUCCAAGAAUUGCUACGAGGCGAGCUGCUCAGAUGAAGCUUGGGCUCGCAGUUUUUCGAAGUCCGUUGGGGAAAUGGGAGUCCCUGCUUUUGUUUUCUGGAAUGUUCCAAUUCUUGGGAUCAUGAUCGGAGAAGCGUGA